CGUGAUACUUAGUAGCCAGGAAAUGUCACGGAUGGACUUAUUGCCCAGGUGGCCACCUAUCACGGGACCACGCUUGGAGUCACUGAGCUCCUGAGAGCGACCCAUUCUUUCACCAAUGUUUGUAGAAGCCGUCUGCAUGCCUAGGGGCUUGAUUGUAUACACCUGUGUCCAUGGAGGGGAUUGGAGCACCUGAAUCACAUGAUAUGGAGGGGAUUGGAACACCUGAAUCACAUGAUUGGGAGGGGAUUGGAACACCUGAAUCACAUGAUAUGGAGGGGAUUGGAACACCUGAAUCACAUGAUAUGGAGGGGAUUGGAACACCUGAAUCACAUGAUAUGGAGGGGAUUGGAACACCUGAAUCACAUGAUUUGGAGGGGAUUGGAACACCUGAAUCACAUGAUUGGGAGGGGAUUGGAACACCUGAAUCACAUGAUUGGGAGGGGAUUGGAACACCUGAAUCACAUGAUAUGGAGGGGAUUGGAACACCUGAGUCACAUGAUUGGGAGGGCGGGGCCAAUACUUUUGGCAACAUAGUG